AUGUACGUUCCUCUAAGCACCCUCGCUUCUCGCGCCCGCGCCCGCGCCUUCUUCCUCAACCCCCACGGCACUCCACUCACGGCUGCACUACCGGUCACGGACAUCGGCGACGUCCCGUGGGAUGCAACUGUGUCUUGUUUUUCCCUUUCUGCCGAAGAUGCGCCAGGCGCACCGGUCGCGCAACAGGUUGCCGAUGGACUGGUUGACCAUGAACCGACAGCUGCGCAACCAUAUGCUGAUCAACAAGGCGACGGUGGUUCGAGGGAACCUGUCUCUUCUCAAGGCACCUUGCCACGGGCCCUUGCCAUUCGCAUCCCUCUCAAGAUCUUCGGGUUCGUCAUCGACGCCAUGAAUCAACCCGCAUUGGCUGCCGCGGCGCUGGUCUGUGCAGCGUGGAACCCCCGGGCUAUGCGCAACCUCUACCGGACCGUCGAGAUCUACAGCCGCAGACGCUUCGACAUGCUGUUCAAGCAGUGUCACACGUCUCCACGCGUCAAGUAG